AUGGCCAAUAGUAAGGAGGUCAAGAAAAAUCAAGAAAUCAUGCCGAAAUGGGUGAAUUUCCUAAUAGGAGGUGUAAGCGGCAUGUUGGCCAUAUGCGUGGUACAGCCAGCUGAUUUACUGAAGACUCGGAUGCAACUCCUCGGGCCGACUGGACAGAAUAUGUCAGCCUUUGCUGUGGCUAAACAAAUAUUAAAGAAGGAAGGCAUGUUGGGAUUCUACACCGGAAUAUCGGCCGCACUACUUCGACAGGCUACUUAUACGACUGCUCGACUCGGUUUUUUUAAGGUUAUGUUCGAUAUACACGCAAUUAACCGCGGUGACCCAACGUUUCCAAUAAAAAUACUGAUGGGCAUGCUUGCGGGAGGGGCCGGCGCAUUGAUUGGCAACCCAUGCGAUGUCGCACUCGUCCGGAUGACAGCAGAUGGAAGACUACCACCGGAGAAAAGAAGGAACUAUAAAAAUGUGUUCGAUGCUUUAGGCAGAAUAGUUCGGGAAGAAGGUCUAUUUACGCUGUACAGAGGCGCAGGUGCUACAGUAAGCAGAGCUAUGGUAUUUAACGGUGCUCAAUUAGGCUCGUACUCGCAGGCACGAGAGAUGCUCCUCCCACAUAUGGGUGAAGGUUUACCUCUACAUGCGUUAUCUGCUAUGAUUGCAGGGUUCAACACUACGGUCGCUUCUUUGCCAGUCGAUAUUGUUAAAACCAGAGUACAGAAUUCGUCGGGUGCAACGAGCCAGGUCCGGGUGCUAUUCGAUAUUAUAAAGAAAGAGGGAUUUUUAGCUCUCUGGAGUGGGAUGAUACCCACCUACAUCAGGAUUGGACCCAUGACUAUUCUCAUCUUUCUAUUCUUGGAACAAUUUAACGCGUUAUACUUCAAAUUGGCCGCGCGGAACUCGUGA